AUGGCAUCGACCGCCAAUCCAGCAUUUCCGAUGUCGUCGGCGCGCGUCCCGCCCGACGCGGUCAAAGGGAACCGUGACGGCAACUAUUCCUCUUUCCCUGUCGUCAAGAUCGACGAGCUUCUUGGUGUCCUUUCCGAGAUGGGCUUGUCCAUCUCUCCUGAAGACCUGCAAAAGCCGCAAGGUCACGUCGCGCACCGAGUCUUUGUCGCCUUUUUGGAGUGUCUCUCGGGUACCACGACAGAGAUGAUGGAUGGGAGGCGCCACGAGGCGCUAGCAUCAGCCGAGUACAGGGAGCUCUACGAAGACGGUUUGCAGAUGCUCAUGUUCUUCCGCGAAGUAAAGGACAUGAUGAACGCAGCGACGUUGUACGAUUUCACGCUGCAGGAUCUCACGCGGCCAAACCCCAAACGUUUCCGUCGUCAAAUGUCGGCGCUGGUCAAUUUCUACCGUUUCCGAUCCGAUCGAAUCGUCGAAUUCGAAGAGCUCGUCACCGGCGCCGAGGAUCUUGAGAACAAGCGCAACGAGAUCGAGGACGACAUCGACCGUCAACGCAGCGAGCUGGCUCGAUUCAAAGCUGAACGCGAGCUCGAUGAGCCUAAGGUCAAGGAGCUGCAGCGCAUCAAUGCCGAGAUCACUGACGAUCUCUUGGCAGCCAGGAACCAGCAGAAGGAGACCAUGGAGGAGCUCGAUGAGCUCAAGAAGCGCAAAGAUACGCUCGCUGUCAAGCACGCCGAGCUAGCACAGGAAAAGUUCCAGAUCUACGAGAAGAUCACCUACCUCGAAGCGCGCGUCGUCUCCAGUCCCAGCAAGAUGAAGAACAGCGUACGCGAACUCGGCGAGCAACUCGACAAGGACACCGUCUCGCUGCAAGAGACCCUCAAAAAGGUGGAAGAGUUCAAGCGUAACCUCGAGACCCUAGAGACUCUCAGCAACGAUCUCGAAAGCUGCAUGAACGCGAUGCACGAGGUCAACCUCGAAAUCGUCAAGGGCAAGGAAGAGGUUCAAAAUCAAGCCGACCUCCAAGCACUCUCGCAGGGUAUCAACAACCAGCUCGCAUCGCUCAAGCACUCGCUCGAGAUGACACAGUACGAAAUGAAGAGGUUGGAGGACAAGCAGAACCGCAACCGCAAGACGCUCAUGGACAUCACCGAGAAGCACACCAAGAAGAUGGAGAACCUGCAGACCGAGUUCGAACAAGCCAAGCAGGAGAGGAACAGGAAGAACCACUCGGCAGAGGUCAAGAAUGCAGAGUCGGAAAAGAUCGAGGCCAAGAUGGCAGAGCUGGAGGAGGCGUACGAGGGCUAUCAGAAGAAGAUGAUCAGGCAGAAGGAUGCGAUCGAGACGGCGGUGAGACUAUACAUCAGCACGCUGACCAACUCGUUGCAGCUCGAACGUUUCCAGGCGUGA